GCUCCCCGGCGCCGCCGACACCACCACCACCAGCCGAGCCCCACCAAGAAGCCCCCGACGCGCUCGCCCCGCCGCCUGCCGCCUCCUUCUCCUCGCCGCCUGACCCCGCGAGCGGCGCGCCCUCCCGCCGCCGGUUGUCCUCGGACUCGGCCUCCGGCGCCUGCCGCAGCGCCCGCCGCAUCGCCCGCCGCAGCCCCGGCGCCAGCCCGCAGCACCGCCCCGGCCUCUGCGGCAGCGCCUGCGGGCACGGUCCCUGCGCCGGCACCCUGGAGGUGGGGAUGCUCCUGUCCAAAAUCAACUCGCUGGCCCACCUGCGCGCCGCGCCCUGCAGUGACCUGCACGCCACCAAGCUGGCGCCCGGCAAAGACAAGGAGCCCCUGGAGUCGCAGUACCAGGUGGGCCCGCUGCUGGGCAGCGGCGGCUUCGGUUCGGUCUACUCGGGCAUCCGCGUCGCCGACAACUUGCCGGUCGCCAUCAAACACGUGGAGAAGGACCGGAUUUCCGACUGGGGCGAGCUGCCCAAUGGCACCCGCGUGCCCAUGGAAGUGGUCUUGCUGAAGAAGGUGAGCUCGGGCUUUCCGGGCGUCAUCAGACUGCUGGACUGGUUCGAGAGGCCUGACAGCUUCGUGUUGAUCCUCGAGCGGCCCGAGCCGGUGCAAGACCUCUUCGACUUUAUCACCGAGCGGGGGGCCCUGCAGGAGGAGCUGGCGCGCAGCUUCUUCUGGCAGGUGCUGGAGGCCGUGCGCCACUGCCACAGCUGCGGGGUGCUGCACCGCGACAUCAAGGACGAGAAUAUCCUCAUCGACCUCAACCGCGGCGAGCUCAAGCUCAUCGACUUCGGCUCGGGGGCGCUGCUCAAGGACACGGUCUACACCGACUUCGACGGGACCCGCGUGUACAGUCCUCCCGAGUGGAUCCGUUACCAUCGCUACCACGGCAGGUCGGCGGCUGUCUGGUCCCUGGGGAUCCUGCUCUAUGACAUGGUGUGUGGGGACAUUCCCUUUGAGCACGACGAGGAGAUCAUCAGGGGCCAGGUGUUCUUCAGGCAGAGGGUCUCCUCAGAGUGUCAGCAUCUCAUUCGAUGGUGUUUGGCCCUGAGACCAUCGGAUCGGCCCUCCUUCGAAGAAAUCCAGAACCAUCCGUGGAUGCAGGACGCCCUCCUGCCCCAGGAGACCGCUGAGAUCCACCUCCACAGCCUGGCGCCAGGGCCCAGCAAAUAGCACCCUUUCCCGCGGGCCUGUUCUGCUCCCUCGAGGGGGAGGGGGAGUGGGAGCGGCUGUCUCCAGCAUCGCGCCGACCAGGGACACUU